UUGAUUGGUUAUGUUUGGCGCGCAAUGAGUGCGCAAACUCAGAGUGACUGUCAUUUUGUUUGAAUGUCUUCUCAAAUAUCAAUUGAUUGAUCCAAUCAUUACAUUUACCACUCAUAGUGUCCAUCAAUACAUUCAUCGCAAAUAUGCCGCGCGGAAGACGUAAAGCAAACCAAUCGCUUGACGGCCAAGAGAUUGGUCUUCAAUAUGAAAACAAUCAGAUGUAUACCAAUCAAACAGAUGAAACUUCAUUUGCUGACCAGUCAUACACCCAUCAGGACACUGAAUACAUGCCAUCAAUGGAUACGAGUCAGGGAACAGAGGAUUCAAAUGAUACAUCAGUGGCCACUGAUGAAGAUGGACGGCGAAGAGGUAGAGGACGUGGCAGAGGCGGUGGUCGUGGCAGAGGUGGCGGUCGUGGAAGACCUUCAUUAAACAGAACGGAUGAUUUGACACUUAAUUGCAGUCUUGAAGACAGUAAUACUUUAUUUGAGAGCGUGAGAGGCGGCCGAUCGGCACUUCAAUCAGUAGUCGACGAGUGGAUUGAGUCAUACAGACAGGACAGGGAUGCAGCCAUUCUGGAGUUAAUGCAGUUCUUUAUUAGGAGUUCUGGUUGUAAGGGAAAGAUUACACGACAGAUGAGAGAAACACUAGACAACGGACAGAUUAUCAGACAUUUGGUGGAAGAGUUUGAUGAAGAAGGCGCUGAUUAUCCAUUAGUAAUGACUGGUCCGCAGUGGAAGAAGUUUCGAAGCAAUUUCUGUGAAUUUAUACAUACAUUGGUCCGUCAGUGUCAAUAUUCUAUAAUUUACGAUCAAUUUCUUAUGGAAAGUAUUAUAUCAUUAUUGAUUGGUUUGUCCGACUCUCAAGUUCGGGCAUUCAGACACACGGCAACGUUGGCAGCCAUGAAAUUGAUGACAGCUUUAGUUGAUGUUGCGCUCACAUUAAGUAUUAACUUAGACAACACUCAGCGACAAUAUGAAGCCGAACGACAAAAGACACCAUCAAAUCCUAAGCGUCCGUCAGAACGAUUAGAUCUAUUAAUGAGUAAACGACAAGAACUCGAAGAAAAUAAUGACGACAUUAAAACAAUGUUAGGCUAUCUCUUCAAAUCAAUAUUUGUUCACCGAUACAGAGAUACAAUACCCGAGAUUCGGUCAAUUUGUAUGACCGAAAUCGGAAUUUGGAUGAAACGAUUGCCUGGAAUAUUCCUCGAUGACUCGUAUCUUAAAUAUGUUGGAUGGACUCUUCACGAUAAAGUUGGUGACGUACGACUCAAAUGUCUUCACUCUCUUUUACCACUUUAUGAAAGCGAAGAGAUAACUCGUAAAAUGGAAUUAUUUACCAAUAAGUUUAAAGACAGAAUUGUUGCCAUGACUUUGGACAAGGAGUUUGAAGUUGCCGUACAAGCCGUCCGUCUCAUAAUUAAUAUACAUAAACAUCACAGAGAUAUUCUUAGCGAUAAAGACUGUGAACACGUCUAUGAAUUAGUUUAUGCAACUCAUCGAUCGGUAGCCCAGGCGGCCGGAGAGUUCCUCAAUGAACGACUGUUUCAAGUGGACGAAGAGGCCACUGCUAAUCUUCGCAGCCGUAGAGGCAAAAAGCGAUCGCCACACUCACCACUGAUAAGAGAUCUCAUACAGUUUUACAUCGAAAGUGAACUUCACGAACACGGAGCCUACUUAGUGGACAGUCUUAUCGAAAGUCAUCCCAUGAUGAAAGACUGGGAAUGCAUAACUGAUUUGCUUCUUGAAGAAGCCGGACCUGAUGAAGAAGCAUUAGAUGAUCGACAAGAAACAUCAUUAAUAGAGUUAAUGGUUUGUUGUGUGAAACAAGCGGCCACUGCUGAGACACCUAUUGGAAGAGGUCCACAAAAGCGUCAGUUGACGACAAAGGAAACGAAACAAAUACAAGACGAUAAAAAUCAUAUUUCUGAACAUUUUGUUCAAACAUUGCCCGCUUUAAUCAACAAAUAUAAGACAGAUCCGGAAAAGAUGGCCAAUCUAUUGACAAUUCCGCAGUGCUUUGAAUUGAGUUACUUCACGAAUCAAACGCAACAAUUAGAUACACUUUUGCGACUCAUUUCACAAAUAAUUGAAAUUCAUUCGGACAAAGAUGUCUUAGACUCGGCGGUCAAGACUUACGAAUACUUGAACGAUGAGAACUUUCCGUACGCUAAGAAUGUUUGGCUAUCGAUGAGCACAGCUAUUGACACACUUUGCAAUAAAUACAAGGAAUCCAUUGAAAACUUUCAGCUCAACCCUAAUAGCGAUGAGGAGAAGCUUAUGGUAAUAAUGCAACUGAAGAAAAUUGCAACUUUUUAUUCAUGUCAUGACUUGACGACUUGGAAUCUCUGGAAUGAUAUGUUUGAGCGGUGGAUCAAAACUGCCAACACUGAUCCCGAUGAUGUGCCAUACAAUGCAGUCAAAUAUGCAAUACAGGGCUGUUAUUUUGGACUCGUUUGGGAACUCUAUCUUUUCACACAAUCUCGAUCUCAAACGGAUAACAUUCAAAAUGUUAAGAACAUGUUGUUUGCAUUUAUGACAGAAAUGCGUUCAUUACUUAACCAUAAGAGUGACGAACUCGAAGAAGAGGCAUUUAAUUCAAUUUGUGAUUUAUUAAUAAUAUUUUGCUCUCAACUGGAAAAAGAUUCGCCAAAUGUUUCACAUCUUGUAUAUAAACCCGACGCUAAUCUCAUCAGAAAACUCGAGAGUUUUAUUCAACAAAAAGUGUUUGUUGAUGAAGAAGAAGAAGAUGAAAGUGAAGAUCCAAAUAAAACAAACAGUGGAUUAGAGUCUCUGCACAAAAAGCGUCACUAUUUAUCAGCAUUUUGUAAAUUAAUUGUUUAUAACAUAAUUCCCGGAAGACAUGCAGCUUGUGUUAUAAAACAUUACGUUAGAUUUUAUGGACAAUAUGGAGAUAUAAUUAAGACAACAUUAGGCAAAUCCCGUGAAAUAAAUAAAGUGAUUUGUGCUAAGACUAUGGCGUCGGCACUGAUCAGUGUAUUUACAGAACUCAGAUCCGAAGCUCAUACCAAUCCAAAUGCAUUCACAAAACAAGACGAAAACUUUCAAGCAUUGAAAGAAUUAGCCAAACGUUUUGCUCUUUCAUUUGGUUUGGAUAACAUGAAGAACAGGGAUGCUGUGGCAGCCAUUCAUCGAGAAGGCAUUCAUUUUACAUUUAAUACUAUUGAAAAUCCAGAGAAUCCAUUGGGACCGCCACCUAAUCUUCCAUUCCUAGAGAUUAUCAGUGAAUUCUCUAACAAAUUAAUUAAAAAUGAUAAGAAGACUGUACUCGCAUAUUUGGAUCGGUAUGUGAAAAAUGCUUUACCCGGCAUUCAUAACGAUGAAUGGCAACCAUUGAUGAGCUAUAGAGCCAGUCUUAUUCAACACAAUGAGUUUGAUUUACCGGUCAAUAGAGCGCCCGGAAGACAAUAUAGGGCGAGAAAGAGGGGUCACGACGAAGAUGGUGAAGCCGAUGCUGACGAUCAACACGAAGGAGAAUCAGCCGAUGAGGCCGAAGACGAAUGACUAACUCAACAAAUCAUUUGUCAUAUUUAAUCAUUCAAUUAAUUGGUCACACAAUCACCUCAACUGUCAACUCAAAUACAUAUUAUUUCUUUUAGUUAUUUAUUGAAAUGUUAUAAUUUAUAUAAACAUUAUAUCUAUUUAUAACUUGAUUUUUUAAGUCCCAUAUUUGUAUUUAUAUAACAUUUGGUGUAAUUUUUAUACUCAACAUUUUUUUCAUGAAAAUAGUCAGGCAUUGUAUUAAAUAUUAAUUUUGUUGUGAAACCAAAAAAUAUAAAAUUACAAUAAAAAUAUUUUACAAUUUUAAUUAAAAUUCAUUCAAUUAGAAGAUAAAUUUGAAUUGAAAAGGAAUGUACAGAA